GUGAUUGCGUGAAAGUGAAACACUGAACCCGGAGCGUCAUGUCGGUUUAUUAUUAUUAUUAUAAAUGAAAAAUUGUUAUUUGUUAACAAGUAAGCAUAGGUAUAUCAGUUGUCUAAUGUCUACUGUCUUGUUUACACUUUACCUACCAUUUAUUGUCUACUUCAUUCGAGAUUCCAGCGAAGCUUUAUUCUACUAGAUUUUAAUGUUCAUCUAGAAUCAUGGUCAAACUUACAACGGAAUUAAUCAUGAAUUCGUACCAGUUCAUAAAUCCAGUCAAAGAUAGAGAAUUGGAUUUGAGAGGUUAUAAAAUACCACUGAUUGAAAACAUGGGUGCAACACUUGAUCAGUUUGAUACAAUUGACUUUUCAGACAAUGAUAUCAGGAAAAUUGAUGGUUUUGCAUACCUUAAAAGAUUGAAAAACCUCAUAUUUAAUAACAAUGCUAUUGUACGUAUAUCAGAUAACUUAGAACAAUGUCUACCAAAUCUUGAAUCUUUAAUACUAACAGGUAAUCAGAUUCAAGAGCUUGGAGAUUUAGAUCCUCUUGCUUCACUUCCGAAGUUGAAAAUGUUGAGUCUUUUACAUAACCCAGUUGCAUCAAAAGAGCAUUAUCGACUUUAUGUAGCACAUAAAAUUCCGCAAGUUCGAAUUUUGGACUUCAGAAAAGUUAAAUUGAAGGAAUAUGAAGCAGCUAAAACAUUAUUCAAAGGCAAAGAAGGAAAAGAACUUAAAAAGAAGUUGGUUAAAAAAUCUAAUCAAUUUGUUCCUGGAGAAGGUCUUGAAACCAAAAGAGCAAAUGGUCAUAGUCAAGAAGACAUGUGGAGAAUUCGAAAGGCAAUAUCUGAAGCAUCAUCGUUAGAAGAAGUUGAACAUCUAACCAAGCUGCUCGAAGCUGGGCAAAUUCCUAACAAAGACCAAAAUAAAAAAUCUGUUCCACUAAAUGGAGAAGAAAAUAUAGAAGAAUUUGAUGAUGAUGAUGAUAAUAAUGAAGCACCAACACCAAUGGAAUAGUGAUUUUCAAGUCCUGAUCCUUAUACCGAAGGCUUUAUUUCUCAGCUAUAAUUUAAGAAUAUAUUAUAUUUAAUAUUUAAUCAGUUCAUUAAAAGAUAAGAGCAGAUACUAUUGGUCUAUUUUUUAAUUUUAAUUAUUUUCUUGAAUCCUAUUAUCAAUGGGUUGCCAGUAAAAUACUAACAUUUAUUUUAUUAAGCUUAUAUGUUGAGAAGCGCUAUACAUUAACACUCACAGGUGUUACAUUUUAAAACAAACCAUGUCAUCUCAUUUUACAUGUUUGAUAGUGUUUAGUGAUUACAGUGGUUGUUUAUAAAUACAAUUCAUCGUCUGACAUAAUUUUACCAGAAUACAAUGACAAUUAUCAACUACGACAAAACUGUACAGAUCAAUGUCACAUUAUUUUUAGUAAAUACCAUGUCCGCUUAACUGAAAUGGAUAACAAUUGUGUAUUGCAGAGGUGGCCACUGGCCAACAGGAUGAGCAUCACAAGCUUCUACAAUAAGUGCAAUGUGAGGCAGACGUACAGCAAUAAAGUGACCUACAGAGUAAUACAAAUGUAUCGAUUCAAACAGAAAAAAAACUGUUGUAUUGUUUUGUGUCUUUAUUUAUCUGUCUGAAGUUGUAAAUACUUAAUUAGAAAAAACAUGUGUGCAUUGUUUUUGAUUGUUAUUAAUAAAUAACAUAUUUUACAAGA